AUGGCACUGCUACAGAGAAUAGAUAAAGUUCGUAGAUCUCCUCCUACUGCAGAGGAGAUUGAAAUUAGAAGAGAAAAAAAGAAAAACGAAGUAAUACCUGAAGGUUUAAGUCGAAGAGAAUGGAAGAAACAACAAAAGCAACUACAAUGGGAAGAAAAAAAGCGUGAACUUAGAGCUAGUAUAAGAGAGAAGAAGAAACUACAACGAGCUAGAAAAAGAGAGAGAAUGAAAAAUGACGAAAAACGCAGUAGCAAUAAUAGUGGUAGUGGUAGUAGUAAUAACAGCAGCAGUAGCAGUAAUAGUAGUAGUAGUAGUAGUAAUAGUAGUAAUAGUAGUAGUAGUAGUAGUAGCAUUAGCAUUAGCAAAAAGAAAAUACCCGAGAAGAAAAUAGAUACCGGUGUUAAAGUGAUUAUUGAUUGUGGAUUUGAUAAACUAAUGACUUUAAAAGAGAUUACAUCCUUGUCUAACCAAAUAAGAACAAGCUAUUCCGUAAUGAGACACUGUCAGUAUAAUCUACCUAUUCAAGUAGUAUCAUUUAAUCAAAGAUUGCAAGAGAGAUAUGAGAAAUCAUUACUGGAUUUUAAAAACUGGAAAGGAAUUGAAUUCACAAGUGCUCAUUUAUCCGAAUUGAUGACUCCUGAAAAUAAAGAACAAUUUAUUUAUCUCACAGCAGACACAGAGGAAGAGAUUGAGGAAAUACUACCAAACCAUACUUAUGUAAUUGGAGGAAUAGUUGAUAAAAAUCGGUAUAAGAACCUUUGUCUUGAUAAGGCUAAGGAAUUGGGCAUGAGAGUUGCAAGGUUGCCAAUUGGCAAAUACAUCAAGCUUAAUGGUCGUAAUGUUUUAGUAACAUCACAUGUGUAUGAGAUUUGUUGUCGUUGGUACGAAACUAAGGACUGGGGCGUGGCAUUUAAUGAAGUUUUACCUCCAAGAAAAAUUGAGAAGGAGAGAGAAAAGGAGGGAGAACAUAAAGUAGAAGAUGAUGCUACUAGAGUAGAAGAUGAUGCUACUAGGGUAGAAGAUGAUGCUACUAGGGUAGAAGAUGAUGAUGCAAUCAAACCCGUGUGUUCCUCGAUAGUAGAUACUCGAUAG